ACCUGACUGAAAGUAUACAGCUUUGCGAAAGAGGUUAUUGUGGGCCGAAUAGGCAAUCGUUUGCUUCGGUCUAAGAUCAUAUCACAUGGCUGAGUGAAAGGGGAAGGAUUUGUAGUAGAGCUGAAUUUAGUCGGUACACCCUGCUCUGUAUAGGAGCUGCGAGAUUUCACUUUAACAUCGAAAAUAUUCCGGGAUCUUAUACAGCGACUGCCUGCUGUACUCAAGCGAUCGGUGACCUGCGUUGUUAUUGUUAUAUAAAGUGGCAAUGCAAUACGAGAUAAAGAGGAAUGAUCAAUCUUGUUAGAUUGGCUGGAGGAGGUAUUUGUGUUUGUGAAUGCUGUGUUGUGCUCUGAUUUAAUUGCACGCCCAAGAAAAAAAAGUUGAAACCUAUUGACGAAGGAAACACGGGACGUUUACCGAAUGGAGUCCUUUCAAAGCCUUUCAGAAUGUGCCUCUCUGCCCAGGAACAUGAUUGAAAACAGCAUGUUCGAGGAGGAGCCUGAUGUGGUUGACCUGGCCAAGGAGCCUCCCAUGUACCCCCUGGAGCCAGACGAUGUGGUGUACGAGCCCCGGAGCUCCCGGCUGCUAGUGCGAGGUCUGGGGGAGAAUGAGCUGGAUGAGGAGGAGGAGGACUAUGAGUCUUCAGCCCGCCUACUGGGAAUGUCCUUCAUGAACCGGAGCUCCAGCCUGCGCUCCAACUCGUCUCCCUACGGCGGGCCGGCGGCGGGCAGGGCCUGCUCAUUCCCCUCUGCAAGGAGUUUGUUGGUUGGGGCCUUUGUCUUGGUGGUCGUCGCUUCGGUCUCCAUGGUCAUUUAUUUCCUGCCCAAGUGUACCUUCACCAAGGAAGGCUGCCACAAAGCCAACCAGUCAAUGACACUCAUCUACCCCAUAGCCUCCAAUGGUCAGCUCUUCCCUUGGACCAGCAUGAGAUUACCUAGAGUCGUCAGCCCGGUCCAUUAUGACCUAACGCUCCAGCCCAACUUGACCACUAUGAAGUUCACAGGCUCUGUUACCAUCACUGUGAAAGUCAAUGAAGACACCAAGAAUGUUGUGCUCCACAGUUCCGGCCUUGCCAUCUCUAAGAUUUCCGUCGUGCCUGUUGGUGGAAACCAGCCCAAGCCAGCCCAGUAUGUGGAGUACCACCCCUGGCAGCAGAUUGCAGCCCAGUGUCCCGAAACUCUUCAGAAAGGGAAGAGCUACCAUUUGAAACUUGAGUACUCGGCCAACCUUUCAGACAGCUCCUAUGGCUUUUAUAAAAGCUCAUACCAAGACAAAGAUGGGCAACGAAGGUGGCUCGCUGCGACGCAGUUCGAACCUUUAGCUGCUCGGAUGGCUUUCCCUUGCUUUGAUGAACCAGCAUUUAAGGCUACGUUUCUAAUUAAGAUAAACCGAGAUAAGGAAUAUAUCAGUCUCUCAAACAUGCCAAAGAACAAGACUACUGUUGUGCCUGGGGGAUUUUAUCAAGAUGUGUUUGACAAGAGUGUCACCAUGAGCACCUACCUUGUGGCUUUCAUUGUGGCUGACUUCAAAAGUAUCAGCAUGGAAGCCAAUGGCACUCUGGUCUCUGUCUAUGCUGUUCCUGACAAGUUGGACCAAGUGAAUCAUGCCUUGGAGACAGCAAUAAAACUGCUGGACUUUUAUAAUCACUAUUUUGAAAUGCCCUACCCUCUUCAGAAGUUAGAUUUGGUGGCCAUUCCUGACUUCCAGGCUGGAGCCAUGGAGAACUGGGGGUUAAUCACUUUCCGAGAGACAACCCUCCUGUAUGAAAACACCUCCUCUCUGCUGGACAAGCAGCUGGUUACCAUAGUGAUAGCUCAUGAACUGGCCCAUCAGUGGUUCGGUAACCUGGUCACUAUGGAGUGGUGGAAUGAUCUGUGGCUUAACGAAGGCUUCGCGACUUUCAUGGAGUACAUGUCCAUUGAGAGAAUUUUCCCUGAUCUAAAUGUUGGGGAUGAUUUCCUAGCCACACGCUUCAGAGCAAUGGAUAAGGACUCAUUAAACUCCUCCCAUCCCAUAACGACUCAGGUGGCAACUGCCGAACAGGUGGAGGAGAUGUUUGACUCUGUGUCCUAUGUGAAGGGCGCCUCCAUUUUGCUGAUGCUCGAAUCGUCUUUGACCGAAAAGCAGUUCCAGAGAGGAGUAGUGAAGUAUCUAAGCCAGCACAAGAAUGCAAACACACAGAGUGAAGACCUGUGGGCCAGCAUGUCCCAGCUUACAAAAGAGGCGAACAUCACAGAGCUGAUGAAAUCGUGGACCCUUCAGAAAGGCUUUCCAUUGGUAACAGUCACCAGGAACGGCACAAAGAUGACUCUUCAGCAAGAACACUUCUUACUGAGUGUGGACAAUUCAUCUAGCAGCUCCAGCAGCUACCUGUGGCAGAUUCCCCUGACAUCCAUCAACAGCAGCUGCAGUAAUGCCUCAAGCUGCAAGAAUAUGAUCCUGCUGAAGGAGCAGUCUGCCACCAUAUACGUUCCUGAAGAGGUGCAGUGGGUGAAGUUUAACAUUGACAUGGAGGGAUUCUACAUGGUGCAUUAUGGUGAAGACGGCUGGAGAGACCUGAUUAUAUUAUUAAAGAACAAUCAUUUAGCUCUUAGCUACCAAGACAGAGCGAGCCUUAUCCAUGACAUAUUUGGACUUGCUAGGCUGGGCAAGGUGUCAAUCCAACAGGUGCUAAAUCUUACCAGUUACCUUGUCAAUGAGACGAGCACACCCCCAGUGACUGAGGCACUGCUUCAGCUCAACCAUAUCCACAGACUUCUGGACAAGAGAGGAUUACUGCAGCUUACUGCAAGGAUGAAGGCAUAUAUUCUGGGACUUUUUGAAAAACUGAUUACUAACCAGAGCUGGAAUGAAGUAGAAAUCAUAACUCAACAAAAGCUCAGGUCUUCAUUGCUGGGAGUCGCCUGCUCUUACAACCACCAGAAAUGCAUUGAAAAAGCCAAGAACAUAUUCUUGAACUGGACAGAAUCUCCCGCCAACGUGAGCAUACCUGCAGAUCUCAUGCAAACUGUAUUCACAGUCGGCAUCCAGCACUGUGACGGCUGGAACUCCCUGCUGCAGGCCUACAGCAGCUCUCCGCUCGAGGCAGAGAGAGAGAAGAUGCUGCAAGCAUUGGCAAGCAGUGCGGAUAUUAGGAAGCUGAUCUGGCUGAUGCAGACCAGCUUGAAUGGUGAAAUUGUUCGGACACAGGAGCUCCCUCUCGUCCUCACUACCAUCUCUAAGAACUUCGAAGGACACCUGUACGCCUGGGGCUUUGUCAAAGAAAACUGGGAUAAAAUUAUAAAAAAAUUUAAUCUUGGCUCCUUUGCAGUUCACAACAUUGUCAUGGGAACAACAUCCCAGUUUUCAACACGGGCGCAGCUGUUUGAGGUAAAGAACUUCUUUGGGUCUCUCAAGGACAAGGGUUCUCAGCUAAGAAGCGUCCAGGAAGCAGUGGAGACAAUACAACUCAAUAUCCAGUGGAUGGACAGGAACAUUGAGGCUCUGAGUCACUCUCUCUGAGCUGAGAGCAGUGCUGUGUAGGACACAGGAAUGUCCUGCUCUGAUUGGGUUACAGUCCUGGAGAGGCCAGUCAUCGCGGCAACAGUGGCCUUUGCACAAGUAUGAGUUCUAGCUAGCUCAUUGCCACUGUGAUCCCUUUUAUUUAUAUAGAGUUUUUUUUUUUGUUGUUUGUUUGGUUUGAACUUUUUCUUCAUUGUUAAUGUGGGUAUGUUAAGCUACAGACCAAAAAAAAAAUAAAAUAAAAUAAAAAAUAUAUUGUAAAUAUACGGAGGGAGGUAUGUGUUAUAUAGAGAUAGCGUCAUCAAAAUAGCAUUUUUUUUUUUCACGGAUUUAUGACAAAGCACGAGGAAGGCAGAAAAUGUUUAUUGUGUGUGUGGUGUGUACUUAUUACAACACCUGUAAUGUAUAUACACACUGCAGUACAGAUAAUAGAUUGCAGUACUGAACCAGUGUAUAGGCUAAUCUAGAAAAAGAGUGAGGGGACUUGUCUGUGAUGGAUAUUCUCUCCCUCAAUCAAAUGUAAAAAGUGUAAAACUGCCUGUUCUCUAGCUGCUUUUUUGUAUAUAGGCUUCUAAAAAAAAAAAAAAAAAAAAAAAAUGCUUGAUUCAUUUCCAGCAGCAGUGUCCAGAUUGAAAAGUGAACCCUGUAUGGCUGUGUUCUUCAUCGAGUCCUUGCAUUUGUUUUUCACGUACUUAAAACGGUGGGAUUCUGAAUUAGAACUUCUUAGUGCAUCCUCACCUCAAUCUCUGAAAGAUUGCAUGGGCUCAUCCCCAGUUAACCCCUCUGUACUUUUGAUGGGGACGUAACAUUGACGUUGAUCCUAAUUGAGUGUACACUAUGCGGUGGCUUUAUUCAUAGAACAGCUGAGGGAAAGGUGUUUUGUUUUUAUCUUUUUCUUUUAAAACCAAAGAAUUAGAGGUUGUGGUAUUCAAGAAGACAUAUGAAUUUGCACCACAGACUCGACUGCUGGCUCACACAGUAAAAUAAGGGUUAAAUGAGGCAUUGGGUAGUGUGUUUGUUUCCUUUUGAAUUAGAAGUCUUUCUAGUAAAUAACCUUGUUUUCUUUUUUUAAGUACACACUGGCGUAAAGAUUUAUAUAUUUAAAAUAUAAUGGAGCACAAGGUUUAUUCAUAUCAUUUGACCUUAAGUAAGGAAUAUCAUGCAAGAACUACUUGAUUAUAAAUAUUUCUGAUCUGAAGGAACUACCUUUAGUUUUUUUUAAUGUUCCUUGUUUUAAUUCAGUAUGUCAGUUCUGUAGGUGUAUUUUAACUAGCCUGGUUUUAUUUAAUGGGUUUUGCUUCACAGUGGCAACAAGUCAUGUUAAAUUGAUUUGAAGCUUUACUGCGAGAUAGCUAUGAACCACUUCUCUAAACUAAAUGAGGGGAAACCUUAGUAGUAGCUUUUAUAAAUGAACAACGCAAACAUGGGGGGGGGGGGGGGGUCCCAUUAUAAUUUCAAUGCACAUUUCUAAAGCUAAAUUCCUUUUUCAGGGAGUUAUAAAACUUUUUUUGUUUUACAUUCAAACCAGGUCCUCGCAGGGUAAACUUUACGAUAAAACAUUGUUUUUGUAAUAAUGUUCAGACCUUUAGCGUUUUAUAAAGGUAUAAGACUGUGUAAUGUAG